UCCACCAUCACCGCCGUUCAUCAUCAUCAUCAUCAUCAUCCUCGCCCCCACCACCAUCAUCAUCCUCGCCACGAUGUCUCGUCGCAAGCAGCCCAACCCCAACAAAGUGAAGCUGUGAGCAGUGGUUGCAGACACACACACAACAAACCCCGCCCCCCUCCCGCCCCGCCCCGAGACACGAGCGAACGAGCGAGCGUUGCUUUACGAAAAGGACGGGCUGGGAAGUGAGCUCGAGUCAGCAGCCAACAUUCAGAGCCGUCAUGGAAAGCUCCACAGAGGAGCAGCGAGAAGAGAUAACCGAGGAAGAGUCGGAGCUAACAGAGGAGAAAACGCACAAUAACCUCAAAGCAAUCAACGGAGUGAUGGAGGAGGCAGCGGAUGGAGGAGAGACGCUACAGAACGGAGAUCGAGGAGGAGGAGGAGGUGGAGGAGGGAUCAUGGGAGCUGAAGGAGGAGGAGACCUGUCCUCCAUCAACGCCAUGAUGUCAGCUGUGAUGUCAGCAGCAGGAACCAUCAACGGCAGAGGAGAUGGGGAAGGAGGGAGUGAAGUCACCUCAGCCAACUCCUCCGCGGGGCCCUCCCCGAGCCCCUCCCCCAGCAAGUCGCUCACGGCAGCCAUGAGAGCCCCGCCCGGCCGCAACGCACGACGCAACCAGGACACCAAAGACGAGAACUCAGCUUUCAUCUGUCCACUGUGUGACAAAAACUGUCAAACACAACACCAGCUCACCAUGCACAUCAGACAGCACAACGCCGACACCGGAGCGACGGACCACUCCUGCAGCAUCUGUGGGAAGUGCCUGAGCUCGGCCUCAUCGCUCGACAGACACAUGCUGGUCCACAGCGGUGAGAGACCCUACAAAUGUAACAUCUGUGGACAGACCUUCACCACCAACGGCAACAUGCACAGACAUAUGAAGAUUCAUGAAAAGGACCCGGCCAGCGGUCUGCUUCCCGUCAGCCCCCCCUCGCCCACCAAACGCCGCCGUCCAUCUGUCAAGAGGAGGCAGGAGGAGGAGAACGGAGAGGAGCCGCCCAGCAAGAAGGUGGUGGAGGACGCGGCGGCGGAGGAGUCGUCAGGGGCGGUCCGUGGAGCAGAGGAGGAGCUGCUGCCCUGUCCAAUCUGCUUCAAGACCUACAGCUCCAGACUGGAGCUGGACGCACACAUGGACACACACCCCGACACCGCACUGAGGUGUGAUCUCUGCUGCCUCUCUUUCCGAACCCACCGUGGUUUGCUGCGUCACAAUGCGGGGGUUCACAAGCUGCUCCCCCAAGACCCCAGCGGCCGCCCCUUCAUCCAGAACAACCCCUCCAUCCCCACCGGCUUCAACGACCUGGCCUUCAUCGACUUCUCCUGCAAGAAGUUUGCUCACAUCGCUCAGGUCUGGUGCGAGACAAACCUUCGUCGCUGUAUCAGUAAGUUCCAUCGGUUCGUGUGUGAUUGUUGCGACAAGGCGUUCCCCCUUCGCUCUGCCCUGGACCUGCACAAAACCACCUCCCACCCUGAAAAACCAACCGCUGACACACAGGAAGUGGAGGACGAGGCAGAAAACGGCGUCGAGAACGACCGUCAGGAUGUUGAGGAAGAAGCCGUGCCCUCAGAGCAGGCUAGCUUCCUGGAAGGACUGGGUCUCCAGCACAUCUCCAAGGUGAAGUCUGGUCCCACAGACGAUGAGAUUCAUCAGGCCCACCUGGACAGCAUCAAGGUGAUCCACGUGGAGCCGCCAUCCUCCAGCCUUCCUCAGGAACCGGCCUCAGGCUACCUGUCCGGAGGUCUGGGGCUGACUCUGGGGCUGGGUGUGGGUGGUUUGGCGGCCCUCAGCAUCCCCCUGCUAGAGGGCACGGGCUCUGCCUCAGCCCUGCAGGGCCUCUCCCAGAGAGAGGCCCUGAACCUGCUCUCCCUGCAGCCCUUCCAGACCGGCUUCCUCCUGCAGCCUGAUGGAGGCGCUGCAACAGGUAGUGCGGCCUCAUCUGGAGUCAAACCUGGAGAGGCAGGCGGAGCGGGGAUCAUGGAGCUGGCGGACAUCCAGCAGAUCCUCAAAGUGGCGAGUGCAGCGCCGAAUCAGAUGGGACUGACCCUCCCACCUCUGGCCAAAGCUCCGGGAUUUGCCGGAGGUCAUGGUCAAGUCCAGGGUCAGAAGGCGAUGCCUCCAUUGAAACCAAAACCUCCCAUCACCCCUCGCUCCAGCCUCACGGCGACAACUCCUCCCCCCCUCCAGAGCUCCCAGCAGGCCUCACUGGGCUGCAUCAGCCCCAGCCUGCCACCUCCCAAUCCGACUCUCUUCAAAACACCCUCGUCAUCGUCUUCAUCCUCCUCUUCAGCUGGCAACGGAGGUCAGUUGGAUGCAGAGUUUAUGGGUGACGCUCACACGCCUUUGUCUGAUUCGCCGCCAGCUGCUACCACAGCUGUACAUGAGGAGGCGGUGCUUAGCGGGCGAAAGCCAGGUACCAAAGGGGGAAACAACGCCAACGCCGGCUCUGCUAAAGGUUCUUUCCCGUGCCGAUUCUGCGACCAGGUGUUCGCCUUCUCCGGCGUCCUGCAGGCUCACAUGCGCUUCCACCUUGGCAUCCUUCCCCACCAAUGCAACAUCUGUGAUUACGUGGCUCCAGACAAAGCCACGCUGAUCCGACACCUGCGGACACACAGUGGCGAGCGACCCUAUGUCUGCCGGGUGUGCCAUUAUCCUUUCACUGUCAAGGCCAACUGCGAACGCCACCUCAGGAAGAAGCACGCCAAGACCUCAAGGAAGGACAUCGAGAAAAACAUCAAGUACGUCACCUCCACCACCACAGCGAAUAUCGCCGCAGCAAUCACCGCUGCAACGACCACCACCCAGGAUGCGGAGACGGGCUGCACCGGAGCUGAGACAGCGUGCCGGUUCUGUGGCGAGGACCUGAAGACGUACCGGGCGCUGCAGAUCCACCUGCGUACACACAACGGCUGCCAGAGGAAGCCAUUCGAGUGCCGGCGCUGUGGUGCCGCCUUCCUGGCCAAGCGCAACUGCAUCCACCACCUGCUCAAACAGCACCCCGAGGUGCAGGAGAGAGAGAUCGAAGAGCAUAUUGCCACCGUGCCUGCCGCUACCGUCGCCUCCGGUCGAGCUGCUGCGGCGAAUCAGAUGGUGCUGAAUGGGGUCAGUCAGCCUCCAAUCCAGGCGCUCCAAUCAGUGAAGGUGGAGGAGCUGGCUAACGUGAUUUAUACUGCAGAACUGGACCAGCCGCUGGACUUCUCUGCCACGGGUCGUGGAUCCGGCAGCCAAGUGGGGUCUUCUGGGGUCAAACUGGAGACCGUCUCCCCCAGCUUCGACUGCUCCGUCAUGGACCAGCCCAUUGAUCUGUCCAUCCCCAGCAAGAGGCAGAGGAGGGAGGCGGCGAGCGCCGGAGAGAAGAGGGAGAUCAAGACGGAGCAGAGCGGCAGCAGCAUCGUGGAGCAGCAGCAGGCUCUGGCUUCGUCCAAGGAGGAGAAGACGGCAAGCACCCUGCCUCCUCUACACCCUCACCCCCAACUCGGCUGUUACCAGCUCCCCCCCGGCUCCACCCCUCCCCCUACCUCCCUCCCCAACCUCAGCAACUCUACACGAGCCCAGCGCCUCAAGCCCCUGCUCCCCAAACCGGCCUCCUCCACCUCGUCCUCACCCUCCACAGCCCUGAAGGAGCUGCCUCCUCUGGCCUCCAUCGCUCAGAUCAUCCACUCUGUCUCUGGAGCUCCAGACCUGCUGAAGAGAGAGGCAGCCACGCUGGAGGGCAAACCCCAGGCGGCCAUCACAUCCUCUCAGGCCGACUCUGCCGCCGACGCCACAGGAGCCUCCGCCGCUCCGGAGACGCAAAGUGACGACACGUCUGAAGGGUCCUCCAGCAGGAAGCGCUCCAGGAAGAAGCCUGCUGCCCUGGCGGUGAAGGAGAAGGCCGUGAGCGGCGGCGGCGGCGGCAUCGACCUGGAGUCAAGCGGGGAGUUCGCCAGCGUGGAGAAGAUGCUGGCCACCACAGACGCCAACAAGUUCAGCACCUACCUGCAGACCGGAGCCUCAGACCUGGCAGGAAAGAGAGAUGUAGACAGAGCAGGUGGAGGAGAGGAGAAGGAGGGAGGAGCGAAGGAGGAGGCGAAGACCGCGGCCUCGGCCGUGGUGCCGCAGUCCAAAGGAAAGAAGAAUGCCUACUCCAACUCUGUCCAGAAGAUGACCUGCCCCUUCUGCCCCCGAGUGUUCCCCUGGGCCAGCUCUCUGCAGAGACACAUGCUGACACACACCGGCCAGAAGCCGUUCCCCUGUCCCAAGUGCGAUGCCUUUUUCUCCACCAAGUCAAACUGUGAGCGCCACCUGCUGAGGAAACACGGCGUGACUCACCGCACGCUGCGACGCAACGGCGCCCUCGCCAGGAAAGAUGGAGAUGAAGGAUCGCACGAGAGCGCAGAGAGUCAGUCAGAGACGGAGCAGGUAGCGCCAGAGGCACAAGAUCUGAGCGCCGCCGCAGACUCGGCCCCCGCCCCCGUCGCGGAUAACCCCGCGCCCUCCAAACAACAAGAGGCGGGGCCAACAACACCAAGCGCCACCCACGGUUGCAGUCCAGCUGCCGGCGGUGCAGAGCAGCAGGAGACCGAAACCACGGAGCAGCCGGACCAGCAGGGGGCGCCAGAGAGCAAGGCAGCACAGGGGAAACAGCCUCCACAGAGCAGCGGCACUAAGGUGGAGAGCGCAGACGAUGACGAUUGCCAUAGCAACAAAAGUCUGGACCUGAACUUCGGCAAAAAGCUGAUCGACUUCAAGCUCUCCACGUCCUCCGACCCUGCUCAGGAAGAAACACCCUCCCAGCCUUCAUCCUCCUCUAACUCCUCAUCCUCCACAUCCUCUACCUCUGCUCCCCAAGCAGCAACAGAGAGCCAAGAGAAGGAGAAAAGUGCUACAACCUCCUCCUCCUCCUCCUCCUCCUCCUGCAGCAGCCCUGUGGUGAAGCAGCAGCCAGAGUACAAACAUGUGUGCCGAGUGUGUAAGAAGAGCUUCCGCUACGCCACCACCCUCGCUCGCCACGAGAGGGCGCACCUCUCCGAGGAGACGCCGACCGCGGCGCCGGUGGAGGAGAGCCUGUCGGCGAAAGAGGAGGCGAUGGAGAGCAACGCCGCCAAGUCGACAGAGGAAGAGAAAGAGGAGGAGCAGAAGAAGGAGGCAGAGAUGGAGGAGGAGGAAGGAGGAGUGAGAGGAGGUGAGAGUGAGGGGGGAGAGAGUGGGGAGUCGGAGGAAGAGGAGAAGGAGAAGGAGGAGAGAAGCGACGAGGAGGCGUCAGAACCAAAGAGUUUAGAGGGAGGAGAGGCGUCAGGAAGACGAGUAGACAAGAGGAAGAAGAUCUGUAACGUCUGCGGCAAAAGAUUCUGGUCUCUGCAGGACCUGACCCGACACAUGAGGUCACACACAGGUGAGCGGCCCUACCAGUGUCAAACCUGCGAGAGGACUUUCACCUUGAAACACAGCCUGGUCCGCCACCAAAGGAUCCACCUGAAGCCCCGCGGAGCCGACGGAGCCUCGGCCGGGAACGACGACGCCAGCGAGGACGGAGACUCCUGCGCCCCGACCCCGACCUCCACCUGCCCGCCGUCCGAGAAUGAGAGCGAGUGCGGCAGCGGCGCCGCGGGGGUCAAGGAGCUGGAGGAUGAGGACGUUAAAGAGGAGGGCGAGGAGGGUGACGGAGCAGAAUCGGCCUCGGCGGAGGAAGAAAGCCCUGCAAAACAGAGCGAUGGCGUCGCGGAUUCGGAACCACCAGCCGCCGUCACAUCCGAAGAACCAGACGCUGAGCAAAAAACUGAACUUUCUGCAAACUCUGCUGACGCGACUCCCAGCCAACAAGCUACUGACACAAAGACGACUGCCGGCGACGACUCAGCCGGCGACCUGAAAUCUACACCCGAAUCAAACCUCUCCAAAGACUCCUCUCCACCACCCCCCAGCUCUCUGCCGGUGGAGCCCGCGGCAGCUGCCCCCGCAGAGGGCUUCAUCCAGGGGCUGCUGGAGAUCCAUGCCAAGCCCCCUCUGGAGCACAUCCUGCCCAACGGAGAGCCUCCUCUGGUGGGGGUAGACUGAGGAGAAACUCCGGCCGUCUCACGCUGUCUAAACCAACGCCACCACAGUGCCAUACGACGGACAGACGCUACACCAUUACUGAUGAUGAUGAUGAUGCAAAAACCAGCCCGGAACACUUUUUUGAUGGAAAGAAAGACGAAAACCUCGUUUUCUUGAAGUGCCUUACUACUAGUCCUACUUCUAAGAGAUGUUUUUGCUAUAUCUUUAUCUGCAUUAUUACGGAGGAUGGAUCUAAUUUUUAUAGCUUUUUAUGGUGACAAUGAUUUGCAUUACUAUUUUUUUGUGCGGGGAAUCUAUAUUUCAGCAAUAAAAAGAAUAAAGUUAUGAUUUAUUAUUGUUCUAGAUUCUGUUUGAGAAUUGACGAUCAACUUAGGAGGCGCAGAGAGACAAAGACUGAGAUGGACUGUCAGCAUCUGCAUGGAUAUUUCUGUAUUUAAACCACACAGCAGAGACGGAGCGAUCCAGUUUCCAGAUCUGAACCGGGUUUGGAUUUGAGAGCAGACUAGUCGGGGUGGGGAACUUGAAUUGAAAGCCACAGCGGCUUCACAAAAUGUACCAGCCGCUUCUCCUGCUCGACCGGCCGUUCAGAUAUUUUUGGAUAAACCGACCUGGCGGCGGAGGCCGGGCGGACUCGGCUUCACCGGCAGGUGACUUCCGUCGGAUCGUGAUCGUCUCUCACUGUGUGACAAAGGAAGCUUUUUGUAACUGGAAAACACAGAAAGGCGGUGCUUCUGGCUCGCUUCACAUCAAUCCCCGUCUCUCAGCUGGCUCAGAAAACACAUGAAACAUUCACGAACUUGUCAAAGUCGCAAGUCGGUUAAGUCCUGAAAAGGGCAGAUAGUGUCGAUCAGUUUGGGUUCUUCGUGUUGUUGUUUUUUUAAACCCAUCACACUAUUGGUCCCUUUAUCCCUCAAUGCCACCUUGUGAGUUGGUUUGUGUGUUAAUAAUUUCUCAUUCAUAAUCAUUCUCAGUUGAUUCCAUGUGUGUACAGAGAGCUCAACAUGUGGCACGUGAUGCUAGAGUAUUUUGUUUUUUGCGUGUGUGCGAUUAUCAGUGACGUUUAGGUGUCGGGAGGGGAAUUCUUGACUUUUGUGGAUUUUUUUUUAUAACUGAACAAAUCAAUUUUUUGUUGUGUGUGUGCGAAUGUGUGACUCCCACCUGUCUCUCAUCAUCGCCCCCUAGUGUUCAUUUAGGGUUUAUCACAGGGCCCUCAGCGUGCUAAUGUAUGUCGCCGCUAACAUGUGACCCAGGUUCAGUUUACCUCAGCCUUUGCUUAACUGCAACCGUGAAAACAACAAAUGAUCAGCUCUGUAGGCAACCCUUUAAAUCCUGUGUCUUCCUAAACAGGGCUAGCAGGGCUAAUUCGUUGCUAGCCUGGUUUCCACUGUGGGCCAAGUCAGAGCUAGCUAGGGCUAACUCAUUAGCGUGGCACGGCUAGCAUGGCUAGCAAGGCUAACAUGGUUAAGUUGUUCCUGGGUUAGCUUGCACAAUGGCCCAAACAGAGCUAACUAUGGCUAAGUCAGUAUCAACUACAGUGUAAAAUAGAGGUAGCAAAGGCUAAGUCUGGCCUGGUUUGUGUAAUGACCCUUCAUACAAACACAAGAAAAACUUGACUUACUCAUUACCUUAGUCUCCACCACAGCUUUUAAAAGGGCUAAUAGUAGCUAGCUGUAGCUAUUAGCCUGUGUUGGCUAAACCAGCCACAGGGUCGAAGGGCUGAGACCAGACCAGACCAAACUGAACUGCUUUAAUUUGGUUAAUUUCUCUUGUAUGGUGAGUUAGUGCUAGCUAGCUUGUGACAUUACCCUGAGCUUCGCACAGUGGGCAUCAACCACAGGCUGAAAUCACAUGCUAACUAUGGCUAACUGACCAGAGCAGAUAGGUUAACCAAGCUACCAAUUAGAUUGUUUAACUAGUUCGUUGUGGUCAGUUAGCUCUACCUAGAUCUAACCGUUAGCCUGAGUUUGGUCAGUGGGCCCUAAGAUAUCAAUAACAGGGUAAAAACACAUGCUAGUAAGAGCUAACUGACCAGACCAGACUAGUUCAUCAAGCUAACACAUCGCAUCAUAGUUGGUUAACAGCAUUUCUAGCAAAUUACAGGUUUAGCUAGUCGUCUGUCAGUAUUAUCUUAGUAUCUUGAGUUGGCCCUGGACCGCUUUAGUACUGUUUGUGCCUAUUUAGCCCCGUCUUCUACGAUGUGAAGUCCAUAAGACGCCUUCUUGUUCCAGUCUAUCGAGAGACAAGCAGAAGAGCUAAUAAACUUUCAUUUUUACGUGACAUUUACUGCAGCUGCGUUGUUUGGAAACGCCGAACGCGAACAGUCAGACAGUGUGUUGACUUAUCAUCACCGAGGUUAUCAGACAUCGGAAGACACGUGGCUAUGAAUCUGACGUUAGAGACAAUCAGUUGUAAUUCUUAAAUGGAGUUUUUAAGACUAUAUCCCACAUUUAAAUCGCAAUAAUUUCCAGAAUGAGGUAGUCAACACGGUGAAAGGGAUGGAAGGAUGGAUGGCUGGAUGGAUGGAUGGAUGGAUGGGUAGGUUGGGGGUGGGUGAAUGAACUGUAUUACCCUGCUGCACACACAAACAGACACAAGUAAAAGGGCUAAUUCCACCCCUUUGCACCAACCUAACCGGACAUUUCCACCACAGGAAAGAUCACUUAUUGAUCCUGAUGUCGCGACCAGAGGGGACGGGUAGUGUGUGUGUGUGUCUUUCCUUGUCUUGUGUGAAGAUCAAUAUAGCUAAUUUUUCUUCUUGUACAUUUUCGUUUCUGUUUUUUAUAUAAAGCAACCUCAUAAACAAAACGAAUCGAACCUCAGCGGCUCAUAACGGAACUGUAAGGCAGCGACGGUCGGUCAUUCAGUCGGUCAAAAAGCGAGAAACGUUGAACAACCACAGCUGAAGUGGCUGACCGGACGCUGCUGUCAACUGGCACUAACAACUUCCAAAACUACUACUACUACUACUUCUACUACUAGUACUACUACAGUGGAAUAUCGCGACACAAUCAAGAGAGAGAGAGAGCGAGAGAGAGAGUUUCCACUGGUUUGUCUGAACUUCAUGUCUCACCUGUAGAUCCCUGCCCGACCCCUGACCGAUCACACUGCAAAGAGUGAAGGGAGACAAUUAAAUGUGGAUUUCUGCAGAUUGAGCGUCUGUGCAAUGAAAAAGCCUUUUCUGUCGUGUUUGGCACAGACUGGAUCCCAGCACCGACUGGUCGUCAGCUAACGGGCUAACUGUCAACUUGCUUGCUAAUGCGACAAUAAGUUCAUGCAACUCCCGUGAAGGUUUUUGUGACAUUGAUUCGUGACUCCCAGCGGCCACGUUGCUUCUGCAGAGCAGUUUAUGCUCGAACUGAGGAGGGUUUUACAAAAAAGUAGACGAUGCUACACAGCUAAUAAUCUACGAUAGCGUCCUCUCCAGCUCCGACGUCAGCACUGUCAAAACACUUAGCUGUUGGUCAGUUUCAGCCAGGUAACAGUUAAAAAUUUACAGGUACUUACUUGAGCAAAUCCAAAAUGUUUCUGUUUUGUGGAUUUACAAUCCAGUCCUCACUGAGGCUGCAUGAAAAAAUAACCAGGUGUAACGCUGACAUCUGCUGGUGAAAGCAGGCAACUGCUGAACGGCUAAUCUGCUAGUGGCCUUCACACAAAGAAAGCCCUUUUCAUUAAUGACUUACAGAAUCAUGAGAUAAAGAGCACAAAUUUUAAAUGAAAAUUAUGAUUUGAAAAAUAUUCCACAUCUGUGAAGAAACUCUCUCCCUCUCAACUUUGUCAGCUCCACCUGUACACCUGUACAUCCCUCUCCCUCGGGAAUAUGCGUUAAUGUACGUCUGACUUUGUGUGUGUGUGCGUGUGUGUGUGUGUGCACGGCCAUAUGAAUACUGGACUUCCAUUCGAAUGCACAUAGACUGUUUUUAAAUGUAUUUAUUUGGAGCCCAGGUGUGUGUGUGUGAGAGUGUGUGUGUGUGUGAGAGAGAGAGAGUGUCUGUAAUGACUUGAGAAGAAGCCAUGUAUUAAAAAAUAUCACAUUUAUGCUGCAGAACUGUUUUGAGGAACUGAUGGUUUGUGUCGUGGACUAUCGGCUUGCCGUAGAGCGCGGCGGACCGGGUGCGAAUCGGACUAGCAAUAAGAAUCCCUCUGAAUCCAAAAAGCUUUAUGUAGAUCUCCUGUACAGUUGAGAACAGACGGUCUGGGUCUCGUGGUUCUGUUGUUGUUUAUUUGUAGUUUGGCUGAGAAAUGAUUUCCUUGUUUAUUUUUUCUCUAUGAAAUAUAAAUGCAUAUAAAACUGUGAAAAUCCAUUGUGUUCAGUUAAAGGGUGAGUUUUAGCUUAGGUUUUUUUUUUGCAUGUUAUUCUAAUUUGUUUAAUUAUGGAUGAUUUCUCCUUUUUCCAUCUCUUCUCGCGCCACACACACACACACACAUAAAUAUAUAUAUAUAUAAAUAUCAAAAUAUAUAUAAUCUCGCUCUCAGGGUCUUUCACAAAUCCAUUACUCAAAAUGCUUCAUGUUCUUAUUUCCUGAGUUGCAACCUGUUCUUUCCAGGUCCUGAUUAUUUUGUCUUUUUUUAAAAUAAUGAUUCAGAACUGUCAAUCACUACAUUUAGCACUUGACUGUGAACUCGUCAUCACCUGACAGAGAGACGACGUCUUUGGAUUUUGGUGUUUUAAAGCCAGAGUGUGGUUGACGUGUUUGCUCCGUUCUGCCCUCUCGCUCGGACGUUUCUCGGUUUAACCCCGGUGUAACUUCCUGUCCUGGUCAGAGGUCAAAGGGAACGUCGGAGAGGAGAUUUCAGACCUCCUCCAACACAAACACACAUGGAUGCUGGACCUCAAUCAGAAAGUCAUGUGGGAAAUGUUUCGAUUUCCCGUGGUUGUGUUUCCAUCCUUCCUUCCAUCCCCUCGUCUCCUCUCCUCCCCCCACUGUUAGCAAAACAUGACAGUGUUUCACAAAGUCAAGAGAUGUAAACCUGUUCUGUAUUCAACCCAAUAAGAAAAGCAAUAAAGAUUAUAUUAAGGAAAGGUGUGU